GACCGGCAAUAGGAGAGGGGCAGGGGGCGCGGGACCUCUCAGUAGUCAGAAGACCGAGCCAUGUGGCGCGGCACGGUCGUCUUCUCCGUGCUGGCGGUCUCCGCGUUGCUGAGAUCCACGGACGCUGCGGCUUGUCAAGGAUGUUCGAAUCCAUUCACAUGCGACUGUACCGGCAUCAAAGGAGAGCAGGGAGAGCUGGGGAUACACGGGCUGCCGGGACAAGAGGGACCUCCUGGAGAAAUUGGCCCGGACGGACCCUUUGGACCAAAAGGAGAGAAGGGGCGCAUGGGAGAAUUUGGAGAGGGUGGGGAAAAAGGCUAUAGAGGCGACAUAGGCUACCAAGGUGUUCAAGGACCCCCAGGAAUUCCUGGAUAUCCAGGAGCAUCAGGAGUCAUGGGCCCACCAGGACUGGAAGGUUGUAAUGGAACAGAUGGCAGACCGGGUGGUCCAGGUUAUCCUGGGGUACCAGGGCCCCGUGGAGAUCCAGGACAGGAUGGACGCAAAGGACCCCCUGGGGAGGCAGGAGAAGGUGGUAUUAACAGUCCAGGAGCCAAGGGUGACCGAGGAGAGAGUGGCCAACCAGGAUUGCAGGGUCCAGUGGGUUAUCGGGGACAGGAAGGGCCAAGGGGACCACCUGGUCUAGCAGGCGAUAUGGGUCUGAGAGGGGAUCCAGGGCUUCAAGGGCUGAGAGGAGACGAUGGGGACAUGAAGCCAGGGAAGAAGGGUAUGAGAGGAGAUCAAGGACAACAGGGAGAGCCCGGACCUCCCGGAACACCAGGGAAUGGUGUGCCCUUUGGUGGUACUGAGACCUCCAACACCUUCAAGGGACCCAAGGGAUUUCCGGGGCAAAAGGGAGACUCUGGAAUGCAGGGCAUCAAGGGUGAAAUAGGAGCCAGAGGCCCUCCUGGCUUCCCAGGAUUGCCUGGACAGAAGGGAUACAAAGGAGAGCAAGGACCGGAGGGCCAGAGAGGUAAACAAGGGCUGCUAGGGCCAGAGGGUCCAGCAGGAGUCAAGGGUCAGAAAGGAGCUCCUGGAUUUGCUGGGUUAGAUGGAGAUCCAGGCACGAAGGGCGAUCUUGGAGAGGUGGGGAGACCAGGACGACCAGGAGAUCAGGGUCCUGAAGGACCACCAGGUAUCUACGACCCGACCCUAGACGAGAUAAUCAAGGGAGCACAAGGAAGCCAGGGACCCUUAGGUUUUCCUGGACCACAGGGGUUUCCGGGGAAAGGAGGUUCACAAGGUACUGUCGGAACAAUAGGCCCACCAGGGGCCCCUGGAGCACCAGGUCAACCCGGAGGAAGAGGUCCUACAGGACUUUCACUCAAGGGUGAACGAGGAAAUGAUGGAGCACCAGGAACACCAGGACCACAGGGUCGAUCAGGGCCUUCAGGCCCACCAGGGGUUAUCGGGAAGAAGGGAUUUGCAGGUGAAACUGUGAUUGGUCCUCGAGGUCCAGAUGGACUUCAGGGACGUCCUGGUACUCCAGGCCUUACAGGAGACCGUGGUGAAUUGGGACCUAAAGGACAAAAGGGUUUUCCUGGUUUUGGAGUACCAAUUCAAGGGCCAGUUGGCGAUAAAGGAUUGCCAGGACCUCAGGGAGACCCUGGGUGGCCAGGUUUCAACGGAAUUGAUGGCGUUCCUGGCCAGAAGGGACCCAAAGGAGACGACUGUGGUUACUGUCCACCAGGGCCUAGAGGACUCAAAGGAGAAGUUGGCACUGAUGGACGGCCUGGAUCACCAGGAAACCCAGGGCGACCGGGACUAGUGGGGCCUCGAGGCAUACCAGGACCCAAGGGACGAGAUGGGUCUGUGGGAGAGAAAGGGAUGAAAGGAUGGAAGGGCCAGCCAGGUCUUGCUGGCGUUGAUGGCCCAAAAGGAGAGAAGGGUAUUAUUAUAUACCCUCCAGAAGUGGAUAGUCACCUGCUAGCAGGGGACAAAGGAUUUCCUGGUUACAUCGGUAGAACUGGAUUGAUUGGAGAUUUGGGAGAUAAAGGUUUUCAGGGUUAUGAUGGUAUCAAAGGAGCCAAAGGCCUGAAGGGUGUAAUUGGUGAGCCAGGAAUUAAUGGAAAUGAUGGGCGGCCAGGAUCCGACGGCUACAACGGAUUGAAGGGGCAGCAAGCAGAUUUUGUGGGCAGAGAAUACCUGCUGAGGGGAGAGCCAGGGUUCAACGGUUGGAGAGGGGAGAAGGGACAGGCUGGAGAUAAGGGAGCUAGAGGUUUUCCUGGUGACAUGUCUGAGGUCUUGAUUGAUAUUCUGGGAGAAACAGGACCCCCUGGACCUGAAGGAGACAGAGGUGCUGACGGCCAGAAGGGAUACAAGGGUAUAGCAGGAGAAACUGGAUUUGCCGGACAGCCAGGAUUGCAGGGGCCUGCAGGACCAGCAAUUCCAGGUCCUAUGGGACUAAAAGGUUACCCAGGAGAGAGAGGAGAACCAGGUUUCCGGGGAUCCAUAGGUGCUCCAGGCUAUUUUGGACCUAAAGGCGUAGCGGGUAGAGAUGGAGAUAAAGGUGCCCGAGGAGAUCCUGGUCUGAGCAUCCUGGCAGGAGAAAUGGGACCUAUCGGAUUCCCAGGGGACAAGGGUCAGCCGGGAGAUGAGGGACCUCAGGGACUCAAGGGUUCCAGGGGAUAUUCAGGCUUCAAGGGUCUAAAGGGUGAAAAAGGAGCUCCAGGUCUCUACGGACGUACUGGACGAGAGGGAGCAAGAGGCCCCCCUGGAGAUAUCAUCUCUGGUAGACCAGGAAUUCCAGGAAAUCCUGGACUGCCCGGUUUCCCUGGAGAUAUUGGGCGCCCUGGAGCAAAAGGAGCUGAUGGCCCAGCAGGUUCCCCUGGCCUGAAAGGGCUGAAGGGAGAAUUCGGAUUUCAGGGUCGUAGAGGAGUGGAUGGAGAUGAAGGUAUAGCCGGAUUCCCAGGUCGGCCUGGAAUAAAGGGACUCGAUGGGGCUCGGGGAAUGGAAGGAGAUGCUGGGGACAUGGGGCCACAAGGUUUCCCAGGAUACAUGGGAGUGGCAGGGCCACCAGGCCCAGAUGGACCCAAGGGACAAAGAGGAGAAAGAGGAGAUCAGGGACCCAUAGGUUUCCAAGGACUUCCAGGUUUUAAGGGACAAGUUGGAGACUCUGGACCAAUGGGACCACAGGGAUUACCUGGAGAUUCAUCAUUCAGUGGUAUGAAGGGUGAACCUGGAGAUGCAGGUUAUCGUGGACCCAUUGGAUUCCCUGGGAUGCCUGGAAUGGAUGGAAUGCCUGGAAUGAAAGGAGACGAUGGUAUAGUUUAUGAUGGUGUAGAAGGCGCUAAAGGCUUAAAGGGAGAGCCUGGAUUCUACGGUAUUCCCGGACAAAAUGGACUAAAUGGAACUGCAGGAGAUUUAGGUGCAAAAGGUAUGAAAGGGUUUCCAGGAGAUCAAGGGUACCAGGGCUUCCCUGGAGCCAAGGGACGUGCAGGAUUACCCGGAAUCAAAGGCAUGAUGGGACCUGUUGGCCGAAGAGGAUUCGAUGGGGAUAAGGGAGAAAGGGGAAUGGAUGGAGAUCCAGGAGAGAUGGGAUUGCCAGGUUUUCCGGGAGAUAUUGGAGACAGAGGACCAUCUGGUUUGCAGGGGCCUCCAGGUCCCAAGGGGUUCGUGGGAGAGCCAGGAGGACCUGUUUACACCACCGCUCCCCGUGGCGACAGGGGAGAUCCUGGAAUGAAUGGACUGAUGGGCAAAAAAGGAUUCAUAGGAGAUAUAGGAUUCCCUGGUGGAUACGGUUUAAAGGGACAAAUAGGAGACAUAGGAUUCCAGGGUCCUCCCGGACCAGAUGGAGGCCCAGGUAAACAAGGACCCCGAGGAGAUGUAGGAGAACCUGGAGUGCCUGUAAGUGCAAUCUUAGAGAGGGGUGAACCUGGAGAACCUGGAGUGGACGGUAUUCCAGGUAGACCUGGAUUUUCAGGACAGAAAGGGGCUCCGGGAGAAUACGGACCUGAUGGACCAGACGGACCUCCUGGACCAAAGGGCUAUAGCCCUAGAGGACCUAAGGGCAUGCAAGGCGAUCAAGGACUUUCAAUUCCUGGAACACCUGGAAUGUUUGGAAAACCCGGUCGUGACGGUGCACAAGGGCUACCCGGAUCUAAAGGACCUCAAGGAGAACCUGGAUAUGCCUACCUUAGUCCUAAAGGCCAGCCAGGAGACGUAGGCCUAACUGGGUUGCUGGGAGAUCGAGGGUUGAAAGGGAUGAAAGGAGACAGUGGGCUUCCUGGAAGAAUUGGACCUCCUGGGCCAGAUGGCUUCCCAGGUCCCAGUGGGCUGGAUGGUUUGGAUGGACUUCCAGGCUUCCAGGGCCUUAAAGGAGUCAAAGGAAAUCGAGGUGACACUCCCUACUACUUUGAGGCAGCCAUCAGGGGUCAGCCAGGAGACAGAGGGGAUGAUGGUCUAAUAGGGUUACCUGGUCCAAUUGGAGUACCAGGAUUACCUGGAUUGAAUGGAUUGAAGGGUGUGCGAGGCGAUAUCGGUUUCCCAGGACAAGCGGGAUUACCAGGUUUCCCAGGAUUUAAGGGAGACAGAGGUUAUCCUGGAAAUCCAGGAUUGGAAGGACAGCCAGGACCUAAAGGUUAUCCCGGUCAACCAGGCAUACCAGCUCCAGCUAAGAGAGAGCCACCAUCCCGAGGAUUUUUCUUCACAUUCCACUCCCAGAAUGAGGUCGUCCCCACCUGUCCCAAGAACACGCGGAUGAUGUGGUCCGGGUAUUCCCUGCUCCACUUUAUGGGCAAUGCCAAGGCCCAUGGGCAAGACCUGGGGGCUCCUGGAAGUUGCCUGAUGAGGUUCUCGACGAUGCCCUUCCUGUUCUGUAACCUGAACGAAGUGUGUGAUUAUGCAAGCCGCAGUGAUUACAGUUAUUGGCUCUCAACUGAGGAAGAGAUGCCAAUGAUGAUGACGCCUAUCCCUGCCAAUGAACUGACCAAAUACAUCUCUAGGUGUGCCGUAUGUGAAGCUCCUACCAGAGUCAUAGCAGUACACAGCCAGACCAUGGCCAUCCCUCCUUGUCCCUCAGGCUGGGAGGAACUCUGGAUCGGCUACAGUUUCAUCAUGCACACAGAUGCUGGGGCAGAGGGAGGAGGCCAAUCGUUAGUCAGUCCAGGCUCCUGCCUGCGGGAGUUCCGACCCACUCCCUUCAUUGAGUGCCACGGCAUCGGCCGAUGCAACUACUUCACCACAGCGUACUCGUACUGGCUGGCCACCAUAGAAGAGUAUGAACAGUUCCGCAGGCCUCACCAGCAAACUCUCAAGGGCAAGACACAAUCGCUCACACGCAUCAGUCGCUGCGCAGUCUGCAUCCGCCAGAAGGAACGGAAGGCAACACAGCCCGACCGUGUGCCAAGUGUGCCCAGCGCACAAUAUUGGCGCUCAAACACUCGAUAUUGGCCAAGGAGGAACUACUAGUCACAUCAGUGUAAAUACUUUGUCAACAAAGAUGAUCACUUCCUAAGAGUUUUUGUACAACGUUGUCAUUUACUCAACCAUUAAGAUUUAUGUUUUAUAUAUUCAUAUUGCUCGGAAUAAAAUUCCAAUUUUUAUUUAAGAUCUAAGAUAGCUGUGAAAAAAAGUUUUUCAAAUUUCCUUAAAAUUUAUAUUUUGUAUUAAAGACCUUAUAUUGUAUCAUAGAUCAAAUUGAAUAUGAUGACUAGUUAAAUCCGUAUAACUCUUUAGGAAAAUCUAAUUAAGACCUGGUUCAUUAUUGUGUUAGCAAACUAUCUGACCCAAAUACAAUUAAUUAUUAACAUAAAGCUUACUUAACGUUUGGAAUUCAUAAUUACUAUUUAUGUAAUUCUUUUAAAAUGUUGUAACUUAAUCUCGUGUUUAGUAUGUUCAUAUCUCCUUUAGUUUUUAUAUUGAUUGUUGACGUGUAUAAAGUUAUAUUUAGGUUAAGUCAAAGUUGAUUGCUGAUAUAGUAAUUUAUGUAUGAACUACUGAUGACACAGUCUGUAUUAUAUAGUUUGUCAAGUUAAUAUAUUAAUUAAUUGUAUGUAAGUGGUAAGUCAAUUCACUGCCAUUGUUAUAAUAUUGUUGAGUGCUCUAGAUUAAGGAUAUUGUAAAAUUUUAUAAAUAAAUGAUGUACAAAGACCUUGUGUAA